GACAGGCCUCUGCGUAUAAACUGCAGCUCUGGAGAUGGGUGAGUCUCGGCUCUGGGCCGUGUUAUCGAAGUCUUUUAGUAAGAAAAUAGGAGUUUAAUCAGCGCUGUCAAAGGCUUUUUUUUCUAUUUUUUCAUUAGAGCUUCUUUGUUUUUAGCUGAACGCCUCCGAGCGGCUCAUUCAUGUUUAAAACAUCAUCAGGCUAAUGUUAGCGGGCGGAGGCUGCACUAUCUGCAGCAGCGUCAGCAAUGGCUUCCAGGAGGACAGGCUACACAGCAGCUAGCAUGGAUUCCUCUCCGGCUCACAACCGUAAACAAAGUAUCAUCAACCAUCCCGACAGGAUCGAGUCCUGCUAUGACCGCAAAGCCCAGCAGGGCARCAUGACCGUGACGUCGCUUAAAUCCCGCCUGGCUCCGACCAUUCAGACCGCCAUGUCCGCUGCUGUGGACACSCUGCUUGGAGAGGUGGUUCUGGUGCUGAACGAGACCCAGCAGGAGCUGCUGCACAAGGAGCAGGAGAACCAGAGGCUCAAAGUGCGGCUGGAGGUGUCAGAGAGGGAGCUGAAGACYCUGCAGGAGUGUCUGUGCAGCGCCCAGAAGCUCAUAGACCAGCUGCAGGUGUCCUACUCUGGGCCCCAGUCGAUCAGCCAGUCUGUGUUUGAACCUUCACUGUCCUCCAUGGCUUCGAUGACUGCUGGCUUGGAGCGGGACCACCAGAACCCCAGGAAUGUGAACAGAGCYGGGGUGGACUUGGGUCUCGGUGGCUCUGUGGAGGAAUCUAUUCAUGGGUUUGAACCAAGAGAGGAUUACAAAAUGUGUCAGCUUUCCAUCCAGCCRGAUGGCUCUGUGACUAACCACGCUCUGGACUCGUUUGGAUCCAGCUCAUCUCAUAUGUGCUCAGAUUCCAGCAGACCAGAUGACCGGCAGCCACAGGGACCAGGAGGARCACCCAGGUUUGAGAUUAAAGAGGAGCAGGGACUGUCCUCUGGCUCUGCUCAGCCCGGCAGGGAGGACUCUGGUUUGCAUCCUGACAGCCAAGCUGUAGAUGGAGAGGGGUCGUCCCUUACCGUCGGGGACAUUGGUUACGGUCAAGUGGGAAAUGAAGGAGGCUCCCAGCGCUCUUUCGCUCACUCACUGCRCCACCAGAGACCGGUACGUGAAUGUGGCAGCGCCUUGCAGCAGGGCGGACUCGAUGGACAGAAACCUUUGCUCAGGUCUUCAGGAGCGGUCAGAGGAGACGGUGUCUCACCAGGCAGAGCAGAGGACUCUGCGGGGCCUUCUGCUCCUGACCCGGCAGGGGAACCAUCGGCAGAUCGCCCCCACCACUGCUUAGAGUGCGGGAAGACUUUCCGUCUGAUCUCCAGCCUGAAGAAGCACAUCCGGAUCCACACGGGGGAGAAGCCCUACCCGUGCGGCGUCUGCGGGCGCCGCUUCCGCGAGUCUGGGGCGCUCAAAACGCACCUGCGCAUCCACACGGGCGAGAAGCCRUACUCCUGCUCCGAGUGCGGGAACUGCUUCCGCCACCUGGACGGCCUGCGCAAGCACCGCCGCACGCACACCGGCGAGAAGCCCUACGUGUGCGCCAUCUGCGGGAAGCGCCUGAGCCGCCUGCAGCACCUCAAGCACCACCAGCUCAUCCACACGGGGGAGCGGCCGUGCUGCUGUCCCUUCUGCAACCGCACCUUCAAGGAGCCCGCGGCGCUGCGGAAACACGUGCGCACGCACCGCGAGGAGGGCGGCCACAUGGGGAUAGGCCCCACUGACGACACAGACCCGGACGACAUUAACAACCUCCACCCUGCAGCUCCCUCUCCUCAGAUGAGGUUUGGAGAGUGGGGGGCCGAGGAGGACGACGGCUCCACUGUGGACUGUGUGUAAGCACCUGUUUACAAAUGGAAGCUGUUACUUUUGUAUGAAACUCUGAUGAAAUGUGUUCUUCAUGGUCUUUAACAGCAUCCACUUCAUCAUCGUUCCAUUAUGUCAUGUCUAGUUCACCAUCUGAACUCUGUUUUACAUUUAAAAAUGACCUCUGCUUGUUUAUAAUGCAGCUGCUGCACUCUGGUGGUUUUUUGCACAGGACGUAGCUGUUUGGCCAAUUUUUCAAAAGACAAACAACAAAUUGUUGAAAUUAGUAGCACUCAAGUGCCCUCUCAAAUAAACCUAAGCCUCAGCUGCUGUUUGACUGUUCCUGAAGUGGAUUUUGGACAAAACCGACUUCCUGUUUCUGGUUACACACUGCAGAGACGGAGACGUCAUGCUGGCUCAUGCUUCACGAAGAGAAACCAGAUGAACAAUUUUCUUAUUUUUACUCUUAAAAAACAUAAUUCUAUGUUUGUAGGUUUAUUUAGACAUAUUUCUAUAAACUACACAGUAUUUGAAAAGAUAUGGAAUUAAAAACAUGCAUAGUUUUAAUUGUCCAGCUUGUUCUGCCCUUGUAAAAAAAUCCUAAAGAUCCUAAAUGCUUCAGGGCUGAAACGAUUCCUCGAAUAAUUUGAGUAAUUCGAUUACAAAAAAUCCUCAAGGCAAAUUUAUCUGCCUCGAAGCUUCGUAAAAAAUACAGACUGUUAUAAUCGGCGCACUUUCGUCCUCCCGGAAUGUUAUUUGUGUUACACAAUGCUACGAUGUUAGCACUUCCGCUAACAGUUAAGUAAAAAAAAAAAAAAGACAUUCAGUUUUCCAAUC